GCAGCUGAGUGAACCUAAACUUGAAGUUGAAGUCUGUUGACAAUGUUUGUAAAUAUGAAUCGGAUGAAAACACUUUACUUUUCAGCUUUUAUAUUUAUCAGCAUUAAGUUGGCUUGUGGGAUUCGCAUAGGGGAGGAUUUUACUCAAGUGCAUUCGAAUUUUCAGGUGACGGGAGAUGGUUUCCAUCGGGAAUUUAGAGUUUCCUCGUCGUUCCUUCCGCCAUAUCUUCAAGAUUGCAAGGUACUCAUUAAAUGGACGAUACCUUCUGGAAUCUACAUAGACCCAUACCAGCUUCAAGCAUCAAUACUGAACCAAACUGUACAUUUCUCCAGCCCUGUGAAUGUUGAGCAAAUGGCACACCAUGCAGAACCUUUGAUUUUACACAGCUUUCCCAACAUUCAUUGCAGCAGUAGUUGCCAUUUUCCCCAAACAAUGCAGUUUCAUUUACGUUACCAUCUGCCUAGCAACACAAGUGAUUAUACGAAAGUGUCCCUCCCUCCACCUGUAACGUAUGUUGCUUGUGAUUGCAUUUUACCUAUUAACAUGGCUGUAAAUAAAUGUUUGUGGCAAGAAAUUUCCAAACCCGAAUUACCAAACUAUGAUGUUUUUGUUCCAGUAGGAGAUUUGUCCCAUUUGCCAUUUGUAACACUUCUUACAAUUGCCAUUGCAUUUAUGGGAACUGGCUGUGUUGCUUGGGCGUCUGUGAUACAGUAAGUGUCAACUUUCCAUUUAGUUUUUACCGUUACUUGAACUCUGAUCAAUACAAAAAAUUUAGUGUA